AUAAAUAAUGAACAAAAUAUUUGUUCUUGAUUUGUUUUUAAUUUCCUAAUUACUUUAACUCAGACGGAUUAAGAAAUUAGAAAUGUCUAUAUAUUUCUUUAUAUUUCUUUAUAUCGUAUACUUUUUAUAUGAAAGUAUAAAUAUGCUUUGUGCGAAGUGAAGUAUUAAAAUUGCUUUUAAUCUCUAGAUCGCUAAUUAGUUAAAAUUUUUUAUUAACCACAGGAUGUUAUGAAUGUACGAGAGUCAACUGAUAAAUGCUCCAAGUUCUUCAGCUUUUACAACGUAUUUCGGAGCACCGUCUAUUCGGAGCAAAUGGAUAUUUUACAACGUAAUAAAAGGUUUCUUUAAUUUUUAUUACUUUCUUAUUAUUUUAUUGAUUCGAUCCUUAUAUCGUUUUGGUUUUCAGCUCAUUUUCAAAAUAAAAUUGUGAAAAUGGAGCAGCAUGCACGCGUACAGCUGUAUACGAAACUGACGAAAGCAGUGACGUAUUUUACGGAACGCUUUAGGAGCCAACGGCAGUAGUGGCGGUAGUAGUAGCGACACGAGUCGCUGUCCCUGUCCUACGAUCAGCGUGAAAAGCUCUAGCGAGCGGUCCGCGUGACAGUCGCGUCGAGAUUGCGCCGAAGUCGUGGAGUGCCGACGACGACGACGACGACGACGACGGCGAUCACGGCGACGACGAUGAUGCGCGGCGAAGUGUCGUUUCCGCAAGUUUCGAGUCCGUUGACGUGCGGUUGUCAGUGAUACCGUCGUAGGCUACUGGUGAAACGUACAUACACGUUCCCCGUGUACGUGAGCGUGCGUUCGUCAUCGGAGAAUUCGCAAUAGGCCGGGCCUGUCGGUAGGAAAAUGGCGGCGCGCCUUUCGCGGCGGCGACGUCGCGCGAUCUAGCGUAUCUGAGAUAUCGUCGCUCGUGCGAAAUAACCGCUUCGUGGAGAUCUCUUUCUCUCCGGAAGGAAGGGCUCCGCCUGCACCCGCCUUCUUCCUUGGCUCUGUCGAGCGAGAUAAUCGUCGCCGCCGGGUGUUGCUCGAUCGGCGGGGGUAUAACUUGUCGGCGAGCGGCGUACAGGCCGGAGCAACCGUGCGCUCGCUCCGGACGAUGUGAAAACGCGGCGUGAAACAGCAACGGCAGCGGUUACGGCGGUGCGUGCGUGCGUGCGUCCGUCCGCGCGUGCGGUGAUAUAACAACAAUAAUAAUAAUAAUACGCGUUGCGAGUCGCGCUCGCUCUCGGAAGCGAGCUCUUAUGCGAGUGAGCGCCGCGAGCCAGCGGCACGGACGGCAGCGACCGCGGUGACAAGUGUCUCGUCGGCGAGGCGGCACCUCGCCGCCUCACCUCCUCGCCCGCGCGUGGUCGCCGGAGGAUGAUACCGCGGCCGGCGGCAGCGGUCGUCGGGCCUCGCGCGCGACGAUCCUGCCGCGAUCGACGGCGUUGAGCCGGCGACCCUCGAUUGCGCUUUGUGACGACGGAUCAUCCGCGACAACGACCAUCACCAUCAUCACGGCGGACCACCGGCUGCUCCUUCCGUUCAGGAAGCUCAGGAAAGAUGAGAGGCGUCCGCGACGGCGGCAUGGCGAGCCUCCUCGCCCUGGCGCUCCUCUGUCUCCUCCACGCGUUCUCCCCGGUGAACGGACUGAAGUGCUAUUGUGAUAUCUGCUCGGAUACCAAUUACACCUGCGAAACCGAUGGUUAUUGUUUCGCCAGUACGAGCCUGAAAAACAACGUCAUUACGUAUGCUCGGAGGUGUCUCGAUCGAAGCAAUUGGCUGCCGCCGGAAGCACCCCGUUUCUGCAACAGCAAGCCGAGCACCUAUCUUUCGCGGAUCUGCUGCGAUAAAGACUUCUGCAACCUGAAUUUAUACCCAGUUUUAUUAUCUCCUAACUCGUCUGAAUUAUCUUCAGGAAUCACGAAGAUAUGCUACCACUGGCUACCCCCACAUGUCAGGUGCGUGCUUAAACACCUGCCGCCAUCGCAGCCCGAACCGCGCAUCUUCUGCAUGACGAGCGACUCGCGAAACACGACCUUCGUCAUCGAGUGCUGCAACAAAGAGGAUUUUUGCAAUCGGGAUCUCAAACCUCUGCUACAUCCUAGCAACAAUGAAGUAUCGUCGAGUGGUGACGACGCAACAUGGGUUACCUGGAAAAUGGCCUUGACGAUAGCAGUACCAAUAUGCGCGAUCUGUGUGGUCGUAAUGGCAAUCUAUCACAUACACAUGACCAAAAAGAGGCCGGCUAGGCACUUUCCGGAUGACUCGCUGGAGGCUCCGGAUCGGCCAAUUCUGGGCGGCGUUACUAUCAGGGACAUGCUGGAGAUGACUACGAGUGGCAGCGGCUCAGUAGGCCUGCCACUUCUGGUACAACGGAGUAUAGCGCGCCAGAUUCAGCUGGUGGAAACGAUUGGAAAAGGCCGCUUUGGCGAGGUCUGGCGCGGUCGUUGGCGCGGCGAAAACGUUGCUGUGAAAAUCUUCAGCUCGCGAGAGGAGAGAUCUUGGUUUCGAGAAGCUGAAAUCUAUCAAACGGUGAUGUUGAGGCAUGACAAUAUCCUAGGUUUUAUCGCUGCCGAUAACAAAGAUAACGGCACGUGGACACAGCUGUGGCUGAUAACAGAUUAUCACGAGAAGGGCUCGCUCUUCGAUUACCUUAACAGAUCGACCGUCGACACGAACGGUAUGAUAAGGAUGGCCUUGUCGAUCGCCACCGGCUUAGCGCAUCUUCACAUGGAAAUAGUCGGCACGCAAGGAAAGCCAGCCAUCGCUCAUCGGGACCUGAAGUCAAAAAAUAUUCUCGUAAAGACUAAUGGUACCUGCGCUAUAGGCGACCUCGGAUUAGCCGCCAGGCACGACGUAAUCACGGAUACUGUCGACAUUCAGCUCAACAACAGAGUCGGCACGAAAAGAUACAUGGCGCCUGAGGUUCUUGAAGAGACGAUAAACAUGAACCACUUCGAUUCGUUCAAGAGGGCCGACGUGUACGCACUUGGUCUGAUCCUCUGGGAGAUUGCUAGACGUUGCAAUGUCGGUGGAAUUCACGACGAAUAUCAGUUGCCCUUUUACGAUUUGGUGCCUUCCGAUCCUACUAUCGAGGAAAUGCGGAAAGUCGUGUGCACUGAUCGACAACGGCCAUCGAUACCAAAUCGAUGGCAGUCGAUCGAAGCUUUGCAAGUAAUGUCGAAAGUAAUGAAGGAAUGUUGGUAUCACAAUGCCGCCGCCAGGCUAACCGCACUCAGGAUCAAGAAAUCACUCGCUAAUUAUGGCGCUAUAGACGACCUGAAAUAGAUUAAGUCGAGCUCUGUCGCCGAGCUCUUUGAUGAUAAAGUUACAAAAUUUCAAAUCUGAUGCGAUAAAGUUUCCGGCAGAAUGAAGAAAUAUUUCGAAGAGUCAAGAAGAAUCUAGAACAGACUGCCUGGAGAUUCUUUUUUAUGAUAGAUUGGCCUCGAUCGUCGAGUAAAGUACUGUAUGAAUAGAAUUGAUAUCGCUUUGCAGAAUCGUGAGUAUAGAAAUAGAAUGGAGUUUUAAGUGUGUUGACCAUUUUGAACGAUUGGUAGCGCGCGAGAUAUAGGAAGAAACAUUAUUUCAGUCUCGAUAUAUCGCGGCCUGAUGAUCGGUCACUCUGUUGAAUGGGUCAACAGGCAAUUGCAAUAUGCAUUCGGUUAAUCGAACGAUCGCUCAAUUACGCGCCACACACAUGAACAUACGCAGACACUGACACAUAAGAAACGCUAUAUAUUUAUUACGAUAAUACUAAGAUAAUAAUAAAGUAUACAAAUUUAUUAUAUAGCAACAUUUAUUGAUUAAUACUAAUGACAGUACUCGCAUAUACACACGUAUAUAAUUACAUAUUAUAUAUAUAUGUAUAUAUAUAUAUAUAUAUAUUCUCGUUAACUUGUGGAAUAAUCGAUUCGAUUAACCGAAUCAUCUGUUAUUUGGGCGCUCUUACAAACAAGUUACCUCAGUGAAAUGAUCACUGUGCUCGCACAAGUAUGUCGAUUCGUCAGAAAUAAUUGGAAUAUCGCGCAAGAUUUAAACGUAUCAAACGUAUCAGCUCCUACUGGACGUGUCAUCAAAUUACGUGAAGAAAACCACAACAGGAUAACAUUUUUUAUGUCAGUUCCGAAGAUUCACUGUAGAGAUUUACUACUUUACCAUGGUGCGUGCAGAGAAGAGAAUUACAUUGAAAGCCUACUAUAUGGAUCUUGUUACAAAAGAAAUGCAUCUUGUAAUGUUCUUUAAUUUUUCUUCUUUUGGAAAAAGUGCCGAGUUCGUCGAUAAAAAUAAUUAUACAGGGUAGAUAGGAAAACCGGACAACCGAUUGAUAACGGUAUUUAAUCAGAUAAUUUGAGAUAAGGUGGAUUUUAUUAUCGAAAACAAAGAAGUGAAUGCAUUAUGCAUUUUCUGACAAAAUUAACUGAUGGAACUGUUAACAAGAAUGCUUACCUUUCCUCUUGCAUGAAGUGUCGUGGAACUUUGGCACAUUAUCUGGUUUUAUUUGUCGACCCUAUACGUAUACUUUUAGAAUAGUAGGUACAUACGAAUGUUUUGCUCAAGACGAAUAUUUUUGCGUAAUCAUGCGGAAAUUAAGCGUGAUACGCAAUGGUACGAUGAAGCUUUUGAAGCGUGUUUUCUUUAUAAUGCAGGAAGGCUGAAAUUGAAAGAUAUUAAGCUCAAAAGCGCGCGUGUAUCAUGGCAUGAAAGAAACAUGAGAGUAUGAGAAGCAUGCAAGAAGAAGAAGCGGCGGGAGUUGAAACGACUUGGUACAGUGAGAUUCAAUAAUGCCUGGGUUUCCGUCAGCAUGAAAUGACAUUUCUGUCGUGUUUACUUCCAUCUAUGCGAAUCUUUAAGUCUUUGCACAGUGCAUACAUGAAAAUAAUGUCCCUAGGUAGACAAAA